CAAGUCUUGUCCAAUCAUAAUUCGAGUUUGGUCGGCGCUAUUAGCGAACCGAUGCCCAAGCUUGUCCAGCACCUACCCCGCUACAAACGCAUCUCAAUUUUGUCUCAAAACACACUUUUUUGGAGUCCAUUAACGUCACAAAAGAACCGCAAUUACGACCACACGGAUAUUCCUACGAUGCAUGAAGGCGAAAGCGCCGAAGAAAAAACUCUAGCCAUCUUCGGCUCUGAGUCUGUGGGGACUGCCAAGGCUCUGGGGAACUUGAUCUACAAGUUCGGUGGUAUAGAGCUACCGGUUUUCGAAUGGCUGCAAAAGAAAGGCGCGAGUUCUUAUGAGAGAGCUGUGGAGGAGUUGAAGGAUGCGGAUAAGGAAUUGUACUUCUACACUCCAAAAUAUCGAGUCAUCGUGAAAGAGCAAUCAGUGUCUACUGAUGGUCUUCUCCUCGUAAUCGGGAUGUCUCAGUCAUAUCAAGCAUGUCUCGUGGGAGAUUUUGCUGAUCGAAUCAAAGAAUCAGCAUCGUUUUUUGCUCAAGGAAAGGCAGCCAUUGUUGCUAAUGCUAUCGAUGAAUCAAAUUGGUCUGAGAAUGUAUAUCAAGACUUCGUCCAUAAUCUCAGAGCUGAGCUUCACCAUUUGGGCAUUUCAGCUGAAAGCAUACCCAUUAUUCCAAGCAAGUGUCAAGGCGAAAACUUCAUCGAAUCAUCUCUCGACACCCCAUGGUGUCCUUCUACUACAAUAUUGCUCUAAACCUCGCGAGUAGAUCUCUUUAGGUCGCAAGUAGUAAUUAUGAUUAUGGCCUUUUACUGUUAGCCUUCUCUACAAACAACAAAGAUGUGGUCUACUUAGCAAAGUUAGACGAUAUUAUUCCUCGUCUCUAAAUAAUAAUACCUAGAUAUUUAGCACCAUCGUCAUAGGAAGACGCGUCUAGCUUAUAUCUUGACCUUGUACCAAAUGAAGUAGUCUCUACCGGAAGCUCAAUCACAGUCGAAUAGGCUAACUAGAUACACUUUCUGCCCGAAGCAAGCCUCCUUGCCUGGUACAUUGCUUAUCGCUUUUAGCUAGCUCUAAAUCGUGUCCUUGACGCCUUCGAUGAACUGCUUGUAUGCUCCGAAUGAAAAUACAAACGGAAAGACAAUUCGUUUCUGCGUUGUCAUGAUGUCUACCUGAAUCUCAUAACCAGCAACGAUUCCUGCAGUAUCCGGAAUCUACCCACCGUAUGUUGUCGUUCACAAAUCCAAGUAAUGCCUUGUCCUGCUGCAGCCUGCGCUCUAUCUUAUUGGCAUCCUCUUCAAAAAGCUGAAAUCCUGUCCAUGCCUGCCGCUUGCUGUGCCGGCCAGCUUUUGCUUGAGAAGCGUGAGGACUCGCGGAACUUGGGAGGACUGCUUCUUGCCGGUCGGGGGUAGCGUUAAUGGUUGUUCGGUGAAGCUCGAAGGCGGUGUGGUCUUUUGAUUUUGUGUCACCAAAUUCUGGAAUAUUGACAUCGCGGCAUGUUGUACCACACUGCGCAGUUGUACGAUGAUCGUCACGGAAGAGAAUUGAGAUUAGGGCGCUAGACGCAUUGGUUGACUCAGCAAUAACCCUUCACAAGCGCCGAGCCUGCUGAUGUAAUCGUGCAGUAAUCAAGCAGCCGUUGCCGCCCGGGAGCCUAUUCUAAUCCCCACGAAUUGUCUUUUGGCUCUAGCAGUGGGUCUAAUAAUGAAUCUUAAUACAAACCGAGUGCGCAUAUUCAAGAGCUGGUAGAAGCUCUUACCACACCUUGUUCCAAAAACUACUACUCGUACGUAUAAACGUUAGCUCUCUUUGUGAGGACUCGUCUUGAAACAUUGCCAAAAAAUGUGCCAUCGCCAUGCUGACAGAACUGCUAGGCUACCGCUGCCCCUUGUACCCUUCGUGUACUGUUUUGUACUUGGUGCCUUUGUUCGACACAUAGCACAAUCAUGUCGUAAUGUGCAGCCAAAAACCAUCAACUCCACCACAUUAAAGAACAAAAACUCAGAGAAUAUAUUCCAAGCCCCGAGGGUAUAAGUACAAACUAGCAUACACAUGCGAUGCACAUUGAGCGGAGACUGAAGGUACUUGGUGGGGAUAGUAGUUAGUAGUGUUACGGAUAUACUUCACAAGUAUCGAUAUAUGCAAGAGCAUGGUCAAUUGGUGGCAUUGUCAUAUAAUGGCAAUGCUUUGAAAAAAGGCGUAUAGCGCGCACAGACACGGUAGUGUGUCGAAGAAACUUGAAUGGAGCAGCGUGGAUUUGCGAUCAAUACUCCAGAGUAAAAUUGCUAAAUUCUACAUGUUUUCUAGAGAGCUUUAUCAUUUUUGCGAUAGUAUUCUUAAGAAAUCCGAGACGCUGGUUCUAAAAACAUGUUAAUGGUUCCUACCACAGCGUUCAGUGGCACCUGAUACUCGCCAUUAGGGUUACGGUAACGUUCAAAAGUUUGGGAAUCAGUAGCUGAAUGCUCUCUCUCGUAUUCAGAAUCGAGGAACAUAUCAUUGGUGCAGAAUUCGAUCUUUGCGGAGUGGUGUAUGAUUCGAGUAAAGAAAGCAUUCAAAUCAUCUGGUAUGACU